UCUAUGUCCUCUAUAUAUAUGUCUAGAACCUCACACUCAUUAGUCAUUCCUAUACUUAUUCCAAUUACUUUAUGCUCUAUCACUGAUUCUUCUUGAUCUUCUUGAUCAUUUAUCUUAUUCUCUUCCAUUGCCACUUCUCCUUUCACUCAUCUAAGCCAUGAAUAACAAAGUUGAUAAAUCUCAAGUUCUAGUGCUCUUUGUCCUAGCUCUUCUCCUUGUUAUCACACCCUUCUUACCUUCCUCUCUGAAACCUACCUACCUUUACUUCAUCUUGAACAUCCUCAUCAUUUCACUUGGAGCUGAAGCUGGCCUUCUUUCAGCUUUUUCUAAGCCCUUUGAAGACAGAAAGCAACAUGUUUCCCCUGUUUUCCCUGUUUCCCAGAAGCCAGACAUGCCCUCAGAAAUCAUCCCUGAGGAAAGUGGAAGUGCUGCCUCAGAACAUGGUGAAAAGAAGCCUAAAAAUGUUGAAAAUUUUUCAUCCGAGAAGAUUCUUCGUGUCAUUAAAGUAUAUAAGAUGAAAAAGUGUGCUUCAAUGCCAAGCCUUUUUUUCAUAGGAGGUGGAGAGGCUGACACAGAAGUCAUGGAUGAGGAGCCUGAAGCAGAAGAUGAGGUUGGAGGAGUUAAUGCGCAAGAGCUGUUUGCAAAAGCUGAGGCCUUCAUUGGGAACUUCUACAAGCAGCUAAAGAUGCAGAGAGAGGAGCACAUGAUCUAUCAGAAUUAGAAAGACUAUUAGGACUGCAUUAGCUUUUUCUCUAGAAUAAAAUCAUAGAUUAGGAUCUACUUAAACCAUAUUUUGUUUAUUCUUCCAUCAGGUUUGUACAGAUUUUAAUUUGGAGUCAGAGGUGAGGUCUGUUUGCCAAUUCAGCCCAUGUUUGGAAAUCUUUCUGAAUUUGAAUUCAAGAUAAACUGAAGGGAGAAGUUUUACGCAUA